UCCCUGAGACGCUCGGAUCCGCAGGGGAGCCCCCUCGAGAGCGCCUCCUGUCGUCCGCAAGGCUGCCCUGCCAUUGCUAGGCACCCCCAACUCCCCCCACCCCCCCAUCGCCGCCUCCUCCAUCCUCCAGUUCAAAAUGGCGACGGCGGCGGCAGCGGCGGCGGCGAUGGCUCCUCCGGGCUGCCCGGGUUCGUGCCCCAACUUCGCCGUAGUCUGCUCCUUCUUGGAGCGCUACGGGCCGCUGCUGGACCUGCCUGAGUUGCCGUUCCCCGAGCUGGAGCGGGUGCUGCAGGCGCCGCCGCCGGACGUCGGCCACGGAGAAGUACCAAAAGAAUUGGUGGAACUCCAUUUGAAGUUGAUGAGGAAGAUUGGCAAAUCUGUUACAGCAGACAGAUGGGAAAAAUAUUUGAUCAAGAUAUGCCAAGAAUUUAACAGCACGUGGGCAUGGGAGAUGGAGAAGAAGGGCUAUCUUGAAAUGAGUGUUGAAUGCAAAUUAGCACUCUUAAAGUAUCUCUGCGAGUGUCAGUUUGAUGACAAUCUUAAAUUCAAGAACAUUAUUAAUGAGGAGGAUGCUGAUACUAUGCGUCUCCAACCAAUUGGGCGAGACAAAGAUGGCCUCAUGUACUGGUACCAGUUGGAUCAGGAUCACAAUGUCAGAAUGUACAUAGAGGAACAAGAUGAUCAAGAUGGCUCUUCAUGGAAAUGCAUUGUCAGAAAUCGAAACGAGUUGGCUGAGACCCUUGCACUCCUGAAAGCACAGAUUGAUCCUGUACUGUUGAAAAACUCCAGCCAACAGGACAACUCUUCCCGGGAGAGUCCCAGCCUCGAGGAUGAGGAGACUAAAAAAGAGGAAGAAACACCUAAACAAGAGGAGCAGAAGGAUGACGAAAAGAUGAAAGGCAAAGAGCAGCCAGUAGAUCCAGAAAACCAUUCUGCUGCCAACACUGUAGAGGGGAACACUGUGAAAAUAGAAAAGGAAGAGGAAAAGGAACUUGUGAAGCUGCCAGUCAUCGUCAAGCUAGAAAAAUCUUUGCCAGAAAUUGAGGAAAAAAAGAUUAUCAAAGAAGAAAGUGAUUCUUUCAAGGAAAAUGUCAAACCCAUUAAAGUGGAAAUAAAGGAAUGUAGAGCAGAUCCUAGAGAUCCUAAAGGUAACACGGACAGGCUUGUGGUGCAGGAGCCGGAGAGACUGGAGUUCAGUGGCAGCGUUAAGACUUCUCAAGACAUCAUGGAGAAAUCUACUGAGGAAACAGAAAAACUAAAAAAUGAUCAGCAGGCGAAGAUACCACUAAAAAAGAGAGAAAUUAAACUGAGCGAUGAUUUCGACAGUCCAGUGAAAGGACCUUUGUGUAAGUCUGUUACUCCAACAAAAGAGUUUUUGAAAGAUGAAAUCAAACAAGAGGAGGAGACUUGUAAAAGGGUUUCUACAAUCACUGCUCUGAGCCAUGAAGGGAAGCAAAUGGUAAAUGGAGAAGUUAGUGAUGACAAGGUAACUCCAAAUUUUAAGACUGAACCAAUCGAGACAAAGUUUUACGAAGCAAAAGAAGAUGCAUACAGUAGCCCCUUUAAGGACAGAAGUGUCAUCGUGGAGGGAAAUGGAGCAGAGGCCCUGAAUUCUGUCAUAACAAAUAUGAAAACAGGUGAGCAUGAGAAAGAAGUGGUCCCUGCAGGGAAAGAGACAGGUAGCUCAGUGUCAGCCCCAGAGACCCAGAAUCUAAAAGGGCAGAUAGAAGAACCUGAUCUUGUGGAAAUGGAAACCUCUCUUGAGUCUUCUGAGAUGGCAAAGGAUCUCUCUUUAAAAGCUGCUUUAUCUACCACUGACACCUGCACCAUGAAAAUUGAGGACAGGUCUCCCAAAGGUAAGAAAGAUAGGCGUCUACCAGUCCUAGAAUGUCUUGAAAAGCCAGAGAAGUCCAAAAAGAUUCUUCAUGAUAAGGAUCCGCAAAGGUUGAGUCCAAUACCAGAAGAAGUUCCAAGGAGUGCCCUUGAAUCAGAAAAGCUAGGUGCUCCUGGGACAGCUGAACUUUCUCAGCCGCCUACAAUGGCUUCCCACUAUGAAAAACUGGCCUCAGAAAAUGAAGUCGUUGAAAAUAAGAGUACAAGUCAUGUUGGUCACUCCCUGGAAAAAACAGAUCCAGAUAUCCCGAAAGAGGACUCUGAGCCCAUGAAGGUAGAAAUGGAUAACCCCAGCAAUGCCCAGCCCUCUGGCAUAGAGGAGCCUUCUGAAACAAAGGGUUCUGUGCAAAAAAGCAAAUUUAAAUAUAAGCUGAUUCCUGAUGAAGAAACUGCUACCACAGAAAAUACAGAGAUAACUUCUGAAAGGCAAAAAGAGGGCAUCAAGUUAACAAUUAGGAUAUCAAGUCGGAAAAAGAAGACAGAUUCUCCUCCCAAAAUUCUAGAACUAGAACACAAGCAAGAGAAGACAGAAAAAGAAGAAGAGAAAGCAAAUAUGGGUCGUACAUUAAGGAGGUCUCCAAGAAUAUCUAGGCCCACAGCAAAAGUGGCUGAGAUCAGAGACCAGAAAGCUGAUAAAAAAAGGGGGGAAGGAGAAGAUGAAGUGGAAGAAGAGUCAGCAGCUUCGCAAAAAACAGAAAAAAAAGAAAGUUUGAAAAAAGUGGAGAAAGAUACAAAUUCUAAAAUAAGCAAGGUAAAACCCAAAGGCAAAGUUCGAUGGACUGGUUCUCGAACACGUGGCAGGUGGAAAUAUUCCAGCAAUGAUGAAAGUGAAGGAUCUGACAGUGAAAAAUCAUCUGCAGCUUCAGAAGAGGAAGAAGAAAAAGAAAGUGAAGAAGCCGUCCUAGCAGAUGAUGAUGAACCGUGCAAGAAAUGUGGCCUUCCAAACCAUCCCGAACUCAUUCUUCUGUGUGACUCCUGUGACAGUGGCUACCACACCGCUUGCCUCCGCCCACCCCUGAUGAUCAUCCCUGAUGGAGAAUGGUUCUGCCCCCCUUGCCAACAUAAACUACUAUGUGAAAAAUUAGAGGAACAGCUGCAAGAUCUGGAUGUUGCCUUAAAGAAGAAGGAGCGUGCUGAACGAAGGAAAGAACGUUUGGUGUAUGUUGGUAUCAGUAUUGAAAACAUCAUUCCUCCACAGGAGCCAGAUUUUUCUGAAGAUCAAGAAGAAAAGAAAAAAGAUUCCAAAAAGUCCAAAGUUAACUUACUGGAAAGGAGAUCAACAAGAACGCGAAAAUGUAUAAGUUACAGAUUUGAUGAGUUUGAUGAAGCAAUUGAUGAAGCUAUAGAAGAUGAUAUCAAAGAGGCUGAUGGAGGAGGAGUUGGCCGAGGAAAAGAUAUAUCCACCAUCACAGGUCACCGUGGGAAAGACAUCUCUACGAUUUUGGAUGAAGAAAGAAAAGAAAAUAAACGACCCCAGAGGGCGGCGGCUGCUCGGCGGAAGAAACGCCGGCGACUGAAUGAUCUGGACAGCGAUAGCAACCUGGAUGAAGAAGAGAGUGAAGAGGAAUUCAAGAUCAGUGAUGGAUCUCAAGAUGAGUUUGUUGUGUCUGAUGAAAACCCAGAUGAAAGUGAAGAAGAUCCACCAUCUAAUGACGACAGCGACACUGAUUUCUGUAGCCGCAGACUGAGGAGACAUCCCUCCCGGCCAAUGAGGCAAAGUAGGCGCUUGCGGAGAAAGGUCCCAAAGAAAAAAUACUCUGAUGAUGAUGAAGAGGAGGAGUCCGAAGAGAACAGUAGAGACUCUGAAAGUGACUUUAGCGAUGAUUUUAGUGAUGAUUUUGUAGAAACUCGGCGAAGGCGGUCAAGGAGGAACCAGAAAAGACAAAUUAACUACAAAGAAGAUUCAGAAAGUGAUGGUUCCCAGAAAAGUUUACGACGCGGUAAAGAAAUAAGGCGAAUUCAUAAGCGCAGACUUUCAAGCUCAGAAAGUGAAGAGAGCUAUAUGUCCAAGAACUCUGAAGAUGAUGAGCUAGCUAAAGGCUCAAAGCGGUCAGCUCGAAAACGAGGCCGAAGCACAGAUGACUAUUCAGAAGCAGAUGAAGAGGAGGAAGAGGAAGGCAAACCAUCUCGCAAACGGCUCCACCGGAUUGAGACAGAUGAGGAGAGUUGUGACAAUGCUCACGGAGAUGCCGAUCAGCCUGCCCACGAUGGUCAGCCCAGGGUCCUGCCCUCAGAGCAAGAGAGCACCAAGAAGCCCUACCGGAUAGAAAGUGAUGAGGAAGAGGACUUUGAAAAUGUAGGCAAAGUGGGGAGCCCAUUGGACUAUAGCUUAGUGGACUUACCUUCUACCAAUGGACAGAGUCCUGGCAAAGCCAUUGAGAACUUGAUUGGCAAGCCUACUGAGAAGCCUCUGACCCCCAAGGACAACAGCACAGCCAGUGCGAGCCUGGCCCCCAAUGGGACAAGUGGCGGACAGGAGGCAGGGGCACCAGAAGAAGAAGAAGAUGAGCUUUUGAGAGUGACUGACCUUGUUGAUUAUGUCUGUAACAGUGAACAGUUAUAAGACUUUUUUUUUUCCAUUUUUAUGCUAAUUUAUUCCACGGUAGCUCUCACACCAGCGGGCCAGUUAUUAAAAGCUGUUUAAUUUUCCUAGAAAACUACAGAAUGACUUUUUAGAAGAAAAGUUUCAACAAACCUUGAAGUCUUUCUGUGAAGUGACCAGUUUCAAACUUUGAAGAUAAAUAAUUGCUGUAAAUUCCUUUUGAUUUUCUUUUUCCAAGUUCAUGGUCCUUGGUAAUUUCAUUCAUGAAAAAAAAUCUUAUAAUGACAACAAAGAUUUGUAUAUUUUUGACUUUAUAUUCCCUGAGCUCUCCUGACUUUGAAAAAGGGUGGAUAAGAAUGCAUUCCAAACCUGUGAGGGCCCAAAACAGAAUUUAGGGGUGGGAGAAAGCACUUGUGCUUUAGCUUUUUCAUAUUAAAUAUAUAUUAUAUUUAAACAUUGACGGCGUAGGUGAUGAUUAACAGACUGUUUAAAAGUUCAAGUCUGUUCUGUUUCAGUUUGAGAAUUAUAGGUAACAUCAUACAUAAGUCAUUUAGUAACAGCCUUCGUGAAGUCAACUUGUUUACUAUUGGAGAUAACCAUGCUUAAUAAAGAAGAGACCAUGAAAAUACCAUCAUAAAAAACCUUAACCUAGUUUCUGUUAUAAUGGAGUUUCUUGUUUAAAAACAAAAUCAUCUGAAAAGCGUUUGUACAGUAAAAUGUAUAAUGAAGCUUUGACAACCACAUUGUGCUAGCAACAACUUUUUAAAAUAGCUUUAUGCAGUGGUUAUAUAGUGGCCUUUAAUAUACUGUUUCUGAUGGAGAGUUAUUAGUAAAAGGAAUAUGGUCAUCUUACAACUCAGAUGAAAUAUAAACUUUGCCUACAAUGUAACUCUUGUCUUCUGGCCACUUGAUGUUUAAAUACCUGAAAGUGUCAUUUUGAAAGAAAUACAUCUAUAUAUAUAACAUACAUGAAAAGAUGCUAAGCUGACAAUGGUAUUUUAGCACAUUUCAAGAUGGGGAAGGGAUUUUCAGGUGAAUUUUAACUGGUCUAUUCUUGCCCUUAGUAUCUACUUCAAAUUGAAGUCUACAAACAAAGCAGUUCCUUUGGGAGGUUUUUAGUUUGUGUGUUUGUGUAAGUAUGUGUGUAUGUGUGGGUGUAUGUGUCUGUGUGUUGGAAUUUCCUAUCUGCCUGGAUAUAUUAGCAGGGUUUGAAUGUAGGUUUUGGCCUUUGGCCAUUAGACUUCUAUUAAAACUCAUUAAUAGUCAUACAACCAACAUAGAGAUGAAUAAGAACUGCCACUAUACUUAAUAGGCACCAUAUCCAUUUUAAACAUCUCAAUAAUUUAAAGAAAGAGAAGCCCUUUGUUUCUGUAACUAACUAAAUACCUAACAUGAUAAUUGACACUAAAACCUGAACUUUGUCUUAUUUAGUUUCUGUUACAGCUGUAAAAUUUCAGGCAGAACCAUAAUAUUGUACCGAGUGUAGCACUUGUAUUAAACCUUUUCUGUCAAAUUCUGAAACCGUCAACCAUUACUUCUGUGAAUACUUUUGCCCUGGGAUUUGGGUUUUUCUGUUCCAGUGUUGUGUCUGUUGCCGGCAAUGGACACACUGUAUCUGCUGCUGGCCCAAGGAACUUCGUUAAUUUUUCUUCCCAAAUUAUACAUUAUAUGUGCUAGUCAGUGUAUAGUAAAGCACUUCUCUUUUUUAUUAUUAAAAAGCUGGCAUUAGAUAUGCAUUAUAAAUACCUCUCUAAAAACUUUAUACUACUCCUUUUCUUUCCUCAACAAGUUUUGCCCUUAAAUCUUAUCUUUUGGCCUUGAAAGUUUAUAGCUGUUGUUUUUCAGUCAUUGUUGGGCUUUUUGUUUUGUUUCACUUUAGUUCUAUAGUACCCGCCCAUUCAUAUUUUCGCUUCAACUCUAGCAAUGUGUAUGUAUCUGUAUAAAAAAAUAAAAUAAUGAAAGCAGCCUAAAAACAGGAUGCACCAAUAGCAAGUUCCAAGCAAGUUGUGAUUUUUGUUUUUAGAUAAUAUUCCACUGGAAGGGAGAGAAAAGCUCACAUUCAGAAACAGUAAAGCAGGGCUAUGACCAGAGCCGUAUUAAUCUUCCUUUCUAGCUAGAGUUAUUUAUUUUUUUUUGAAAGCUAAAAAUUAUAACUUUUAAUUAUCUAAAACAGGCAAAAAGUAGAAAGAUUCCUACUAGUGCAAGGUAAGUGGUUCAGAUGUGCAGAUGGCCUCUCCUGCUACUCAGUCUCCCUCUCCCUCUCCCAUUUUAGCCCUGCAGCCGGGUACAGCCACUAUCAUGUAGCAGCUCUCCCAUGUGCCCUGUCUCUACCUCUGGACACACCAGCUCCUGCUUCCACCUGUUCUCUUCACUUAAAUAAGUGAUCACUAAUAUUAAAUGGUUAGAUGACUGACUUUAACAGCACCCAUAAUAUGAAAUAAGGAGUUCUUUUUACCCUUCUGCCAUAGAAAGCCCAAGAUAAUUUUUAACACAGUAAAUAUUGUAUAUUCCAUUUAGCAAAUAUCCCACUGACACAGGACACUUGUGCUGCUAUUGACCAAACCUGACUAAGUAUCAUCUUCAGUGGGCAUAUCUUUUCUAACCUUAUAUUCUGAUUAAACCAGUUAACUCUGGUUCAUCUACCACAAAUUUGGUUCAAGCAGCUGAUACAUACACAUUAUUACUAUGCAGAUAGAUUGAUUAUAGCUGAUUAAACUUUGAUAGUUAAGAAAUAGUUGUGCUGCUUGGUGUUUAGAUCCAGUCCCUCAGAGUCUGUGUUCAUUGAACUACUCUGAAGAAGUAUAAAAAAAAAAUAAUGUUUUGUAUCCAAAAGAGAAUACAGCCAUUAGGAACUGGAGAAAAUACAAGAAAAUAGUAAUCCUAGUGUGUAGACCAACCUGGAUGCCUAUUAGAGCAUUAACCAUGGAUUUGGACUGACAGUAGCUGCUUUUAUGUCAUAGAGCCCUUUAAUAAUUUACACUCCCUUUGUUUGAAAUACAAGUUAGACUCCCAGUAUCAACAAAUGUAUUGAGGGGAAAUGUAGUUUACUAUUCAGAAUAUUUCAUUUGCAAUUUCUUUAAAGGUUUGGAAAUUUGCCAAAUUUUACAGUUUAGAAGCUUUGUAUUAAAAUAUUUAUGAGAAGGACUCGGACUGAAAGUACACAUUUUGGUUUUGUGCAUUUGUGCUGAUGAAAGAAUGUUUAGUGUAAAAUAUUUUCCAUUGUUGGCACAUUACUGGAAAAUGAUGACAGGUUUUCCAAGAAUAUACAUGAUAUAUUGAAGUUGGUUUUCCUUGACAUCCUUUUCCAGUUGGUCAAGGCUGCAGAUUCAGAGGAUAAAGGGUUUGUAUUUAGAAAAAAAUCAUGUCUACUGGGAAUCUUAACAAAAAAAAGGGGGUGGGGGGGAACCUGCCAAAGAACCAAGAAGUUCAAAUGCUAGUGAAGUUAGAGAAAAAAAGAUUUUUUAAAAUUAAUUUUAAAAGGGUAUUAUGUACUGUCCAGUUAUCACUUUUUCAUUUAUAGAACCCAUGCCAUAAUAGACAUUGGAGUAAAGUACAUAUAUUGUGAAAUAUGGACAUUUACUUAUUUAAAUUGAGGGUUAAAAUGAUGGGAGAAGGUAGCUAUUUUUAAUGGGUAUUGAUGGAAUUUCCUUUGUCUCAGGAAUGCUUUUUUGAUUCCUUUCUGUGAGCAUAAGAGAUGUUAACCAUUCACUAGCUUGUUCUACCAUACAACUAUUAAGAAUUUAAUGAUUUUAUAAGUUUAUAUUUAGAAAAAGUUGUGAACUCCAUUCUUCACCAGGGGGAUAGGUCCAUAAUGCAAGAUGUUGCUUCAUAUCUGUUAUUUGAUUUCUUAAAAGACACUUUUAAGUUAUUUUUAGAUGAGUAUUAGGAUAAUUAAAAAUGAAUCCAGUAUUGACUGACUAUAAAAAGAAACCAGACAUUGUAACUGAUAAAAAAAUUAUGAACAUCGUUUCAUUAGAGAAAGUCUAGAGAAAAACAGUUUCUCUUGUUUGACAGUUUCAAAAUAAACCUCUGGUUCUCCAAGAAGCAGAAAAUACCAAGACUCUAUAUGCUGUAAUCAACCUCGUCCUCGCCUGUUUAAUGUGAUUCAUUAUUAAACUAACUUAAAAUAAAAUCCAUUCCUGUUGUAUCCACCAUUCCCAGUGUGUGCCUGUAAACUCACCGUGGAAGUGGCAAGCUGAUAUUUUCUUUCAUUGUUUUUAUACCAAUCUCAAAAGGCCUUAUGCUAUCAAUGUAUUUAAACUGGGUUAUUGUGUUAUAUGUUCACUUAAUGAUUUGUUUUCAAAAUAUUUCGCUCCAACUGAAGAUUUUGAACAGUUUUUGAGUGCCAAGAAUUGCUAAGUAAGUAUGAAAGUAGAGUCAUUCCUAAGUAAAGAAGCAGUCGUAAGCCAAAAUGUAGGAAGCUUGGUAUAUAACCACUUCAGAUUACACACUCAACACUUUUUUACUCAUACACACCCUCUUAAGAAGGUUAGAAUAGGAUCUUCUUAGUGGAUUUUUAAUUUUGGUCAUUUAAGCUCAAUUUUUUUCCAUUUCAUAUUUAAACCACUUUGGGAAAUGCUAUAAACCCAAUUAUGGCACAUUAUAAUAAUGAUUUCAGUUAAUAAAAGAUUUUUAUUUUAAUAACUUUAAGAUAUGUCUAUCCUAUACAUAAGUUAUAUAAGAAGGCAUAACAAAUUAUUAGAUGAGUAGGAAUUUAUUAAACUCUUAUUAGACAUUUUGAAUGAGAAAAAAACAUUUUUAAAGGAACUACAUUUGUGUUUUUUGCCAAACCGGUACAAGCUAGAAAAUGUGCUAAGGACUGAAUAACCUGCCUUGUUCUUUUUGCCACUGGAUGAUGUAAGUUGAGAAUGGAAUUGUUAACCCUAAGUAUAUUUUCUUGACUUUCAUCAGUUUCUAAAGAAAUCUAAUUUAUGUGUUUUGGAGUUUUGUUUGAUCUGUAUUUAUUGAGUUCUGGUCACCAACCAGGCGUCUGCAUGUUAUGCUUAUGGACAGCCAGAACACAGUCAUUGGGGAACUUAAUGGCUCAAGACCUUCUGAAUCAUUUAACUUAUUUUGUAUGUUGCAAAAAAAAAAAAAUUAUUUUGCUUGAGAGUCACAUUUUUUUAUAACUGUACAGCUCUUAAGGGAUGGGAGGUGGGGAAAUACCCUAAAAUAGGAUGUAGAUUUUUACAAUUGUGUUUCUGCUAGAACAUCUACAGGUGCAUUAUGUAAUUAAACCUAAAAUUGUUUAAAAAUUUGUGCCAUGGUCUUUUUCAUUUUCCUGCCCUUUAGCAGAGUUGGUGCAUGUGAAUACUACUAUAUGGACAAGGCUUGAAAUUAGACUAAAACUUCUGUCUUGAGAGCUUUAAAAUCAUUGCAUGUAAAGUAUACAUACAUGUAGAAACAUACAUAUACACAGAUUUAAUUUAUAUUAAUGUAAAUGGGUUUUCAGGAUUGGAAUAGCUAUAGUAGCCCAAAUUUGAGAUUUAAAAACAUACUAUUUCAGUGCAUGAUUUUCAAGAUACCUAAAUAAGGUAUUCUCCAUGUUGGUCUGGUAUUUUGUUCUCUUAUCAAAGUAAUGUCUUGGUAAUAGUAUCUGAAUUGUAGCUUGCCCAAAACUACCAUGAGGUUUUAUGUGCACUUUGAAAAGGGAUGUCAGGUGCUGAGUUGGGGGUGGGGUAGGACAGGGCUUGUCUUGGUUUCUUUUUAUCUAUAAAAGAAGGAAAAAAAGAAUUGUGCCAUUUGGUUAUUCAAUAGACUUAAUUCCACGAGAAUAUUUGCUGAAACAAUGGCAGGAAGGGGAAUCAGGUUCAAACUUCAAUCCCUUCCUCAUCUGAUAAAUACCUUGUGAUCUUGUGGAACUCUGACUCUGGCAGUAUUUUUACCUGGCAUGUGUUAACCAUGUUAUAUAACUGAUAACCUUUGUUUAAAUGCCAGUACUUUUUGCCAUUUAAUAAUUUUACCAUUCUAAUCCCUCACCUUUGUAGCACAAAUGUAUUCUUGUAAAGAAUUCGUCUAAAUGUGUCAUAGUUUCUCUCUGAGCUACCUUCAUCUGUUGUCAGCUGAUGUAGGAAGGCAGUUGUUACCCAUUUUGAGGCGAAGACAGGAUCAUGAAUUUCCAUGUGAAGAAUACAAAUUCCAAAUAAGAAUUUGUAUAUGCUAUAUUUUAGAAUUUCAUUUUGAUUUUAAAGUAAUAGCUGGGAUUCAAUGAGUGUUUGAUCACAACAUCUCUUGGAUUUUCAGACAUGCUUAUAUGAAAUGCUUUAUUUUCCUAUGCAUAAAAAGAAAUUAUUCCUAGAAUAGGUUCUCAGAAUAUUUUGUUUCUAGGAGAUAAGAGCUAAAGCAGAAGCUCCAAGAUUAGCAUAAAACUUACUUUAGAGGUCAUCAAGACUAUGCUGUUAGUCAAAUAGAAGAAGCUGGAGUGCUGUCUGUCACAUAAUAAUGUACUGCAUGUAUGGGGGGAGGGGAGAUCUGAAAACUGGAAAUGUGAUUCUGGUAACACACAGAGAAUUUUGUGCAUAGAAAGUAUGGAAAUUCCUGAUAGCUUAAAGCUUCAGGAGUUAACUGCAGUGUAUAAACACCUAGUGUGUUAGAAUUGCAGUGCAUAGUUGUUUAAGUACAAUAUUCCUUGUAAGUGACAACCAAAAUAUGUUGUGGCUGGUGCCAAUAUUUUUGUUAAUGAAAUGUUCAAUGUCUCACUACAGUCUGAUCAGAACUCUUGAUGUUAUAAGCCAGGCCUGAAGCCAUUUUAUAGCUAUCGGCCUACUUGUGUAACUUUUUCUUUCAAAAUGUUUUAUUAUACUUCUGUCAUUUCUUUCACUUAAUAUAUGUCAAUUGUCAUAAUAAAAAAUUUAAAUAAUUUGA